GAGCUCUUCCAGUCACUUCUUCUCCGUCAUGGCGGCUCGUGUCCUGCAGCAGUGCGUCCGCACGCUCGCCCGGCCCUCGCUGAGGCUUUCCACCGGCAGCCUAGCGGUCAGAGCCGCUGUCGCUCCGUCAGCAUUCGUCCACCGACCUCUCUCUUUCUCCGCCGACAGCCGGAGGACGCGGUGGCUCGUUCCUACCCGGAUCCCCUCAGUGGGAGUGUUGUGCCGACAGUAUGGUGACCUGCCCCCCCUCACCUUAGAAACCAUCAAAGAGCGCGUCAUGUAUGUCCUGAAGCUCUACGACAAGAUCAACCCUGAGAAGCUGGACACAUGCUCCCACUUCAUGAAAGACCUGGGUCUGGACAGUUUGGACCAGGUGGAGAUCAUCAUGGCCAUGGAGGAUGAGUUUGGCUUUGAGAUCCCUGACGCAGAGGCAGAGAAGUUGAUGAGUCCUGAGGAGAUUGUACAGUACAUUGCAGACAAGAAGGACGUUUAUGAAUAAUGUGUUGGUUCACUGCAGAGAGAGGUUGACCCCAGCGUGACAUCACAGGAAGUACAUUUCCCACUUCCUCCCCGUCGGCGCUUCUGUCCACUGUGGCAUCGUUGACGUCAAGCUACCGUGUCUCGUGUUUGACUGUAUUUAAAUGAACAUGUUAUUUCGGAGCUCGGAGAUAAACAAAAUAUCAAAAAUGGCUAUAACACAGGUUUCACUUUUCUUUUUUUCUUUCCAGCUCCACAAUGUGUUUCCGAUGUAUAAUUUCUCACAAAUAGAUCAAUAAAUACACAUGCUGUAUA